AUGCACCCCCCUGGGUUGCUGGACGAGCCCUGUAAUCUCACUGUGAAUCAUUUCACGAACCAGGCGCCAUGCACCCGUAUGGGACAACAAUAUAAAACGCUUAUUCUGACGCUUUCACACAUCCCAAAGGACACCUACUCCAGUGAGCCCCUCAGUAUCGAAUUCAUGAUGGGGCAAAGAGAGGUGGACUCUGUGACACAGGUAAUUGAAAAAAGGAUGGAAGCAGCAGCUAAUCCGAGCUCAACAAGGCAGUAUCCUAGCUAUCAUGUGUCUCAGAAGCAACGUUUCAGCGGCAUGAAGCCGUGCAUAGAGCAACUCAACAAGAACUUCAUGUCUUCAUACUACGCGGAACAGUGUGCCAGCAUUCGUGCCCAGGACCAUGGAGAGUUCCUGAAAUAUAUGAGCAAACAGUUGAGCGGGAAACAAGACAAGGUACACCGGCGCAUACGAAGGCUUCUGGAGAUCGAGCGGGGUCAGACCCUCCUUGGGGAGUUCAUUGAAGAAGCUUCCCGGUUCCCGUUCGUUGCCAACGAGGCUCUGAUUGUCAAUCUUAAGAGCAUCCUCCAGCCGGAUAGCUUUGCGUUUCCGCUUUUUCUACAAGUUAGUGAAGCUGUUCAGAGCAGAAUGUGUGCACAGAUUUUAGAGUUCAUGCGCUCAUUCUUCUUUCAGACAAUGGACCUGUCCUGGCUUCUUAAUUUGGAGGACUCUAUAUUUGUUAAGGUAAUUUUGUCAAAAUUUAAUAAGAUUGCAGCAGAGAUGAUUGUGCUUUCUGUGCAGAAGUCUGCUCCCGAAGCGCUGAUGAUUCACGGUAGGCUAAUGGAGGUCUUAAAAUCCCUUUCUCCAGAGCAGUGUACAAGCUACCACACGCAAAGAUUUCUCCUCCUCCUUCUUAGAUCACUAUCUGCCGAGUCGUCUGCCGAGGCGCGUAAAUGCACUAAGGCAAUUGCAUCGUUUUGGCUUGAUCAGCCCUACAGUACUCGCGCAUCCCAUCAAUAUCUUGAAAGCAUAGACCUUGAUGAGAUCGUGAGGGGAGUAUGCGAUUCGUGA